GGGGGGAGCUCUGUCUGUCUCUGUCUUUCCAUCAUGAAUUUCAUCAGAGCUGCUUUGAUCUUUUCCAGUCUUCUGCUCACAGCCUGGGCCCAGAAAGCUGUGCUGUCCGUGGAUCCCCGUGCUGCCUUAGUCUGCCAGGGUGAGACGGUCAGCUUCCGGUGCCGUGUGGUGAGCGGCUCCCAGCCCGUGCAGCUGGAGUGGAAACGCACCAACAACCAGCCACUGGCAGAUAAUGUGAAGGUUGGACCAGAUGGGUCAGUACUAACCAUCGCUUUUGCCCGCCUCAGUAACCAGGGACAGUACCGCUGCAUAGCAAUCAAUGCACAAGGAAAAACCACAAUCACUGCAUCACUUACCAUCAAACAGCCUCCCAAAGUGCGUGUAAAGCCCUCCAGCCCAGUGACAGUGAGAGUGGGAGGGGCUGUGUCUCUGGAAUGCCAGGCCUCUGGGAGGCUACGCCCCUCCAUCACCUGGCUUAAAGAGGAAGCAGGAAGAGAGACUACACUCGUUUCCACAAGAGACACCAGCGCAGUACUGCAGGUAGUGGUCUCAUCCUCCGCACAUGCUGGGACAUACGUCUGCCGUGCUCAAAGCAAGGAGGGCUCAGCUGAACAGAGGGUGGAGCUUAGACUGGCAGACGGAACCGUAGCGCCCAAGGCAACCGUCAGACAAGCGGACAUGACGGCGGUGGAGGGUCAGACAGUGACCAUGCACUGCCAGGCAUCCGGAUUCCCCACUCCUGGCAUUUCCUGGUCUAAGCUGCGUGCUCCAUUGCCAUGGCAGCACAGAGAAGAAGGAGGCACUCUGACUCUCACCAAUGUGGGACGCCAAGACUCGGGUCAGUACAUCUGCAAUGCCACAAAUUCUGCAGGCUACAGUGAGGACUAUGUGCAGCUGGAAGUAGACACCCCACCCUACGCCACCACUGUUCCUGACCAGGUGACCGCUCGCCGUGGCGACAGCUUGCGCCUGCAGUGCAUCGCCCACGGCUCUCACCCAAUCAGCUUCCACUGGUCACGUGUGGGUGGAGCAGCGAUGUCCUCGGGUGCAAAGACCAAGGACAGUGUGCUGUUAAUUGGCCAGCUGAAAGUGAGUGACAGUGGAAUGUACAAAUGUGUGGCCAGCAAUCACAUAGGCAGCAGCGAAGCCCUGGCCAUGGUCUCCGUGAAAGUGUAAAGAUUUAACCCCUUCUCCGAGACUGACGGCACGCAAGGACCUGAUUUCACACCAGUACCCUGUAAUAUAACCUCUGACAUACUGGCAUACCAAGAUGUUACAUCACCUUUACAUUAAAAUACGUUCAGGUUUGGGAUUAUUAAAAGAGGAGAGGGUCCCCAAAAAACAUGUUUUUUGUUUGUUUGUUUGUUUAUGAUAUGAAAUUCCUGUUUAACUUUGUAAAACUGCCGAGAGGUAGAACAGACCAGCAUUUCU